AUGGAGAAGGCGGCCCGCUGCCUCUCGCGGGCCACGGGCCUCGCCGCCGCCGCGCGCGACGGCCCGCUCCCGCGCCUGGCCGUGCCCGUGGCCGACUGCCUGGCGCGCCGCCUCAUCCGCCCCAUGGUCCCCGCCGUCGCCGCCGCGCUCAUCGACCCCUCCGACCACCUCGACCGCCGCUGCGUCAGGGCCGCCUGCCGCACCUUCUUCGAGCUCAGCCCGUUUCCCAAGGCCGCCGUCGCCGUCGCCAACCGAGUCACACUCGAGGCCAUGGAGAACGAAAAGAACGUCCACGUCAUCGACUUCGCCGGGCCUGCGGCGCAGCCAUGCCAGUGGAUCCAACUCUUGCGCGACUUCCACAGCCGGCCGGAGGGCGCGCCGCACCUGCGCCUCACCGUCGUCCACGACGAUGGGGAGUUCCUCGCCAGGGUAUCCGAGUCGCUCACCGACGAAGCUGACGAGCUCGACGUGCCGUUCCAGGUCCAUUGCGUCGCCGGCCAGAUCGAGAAGCUGGAUCUGAACGACCUGCACGGCGUCCUCGGCCUCAAGUCCGGCGAGGCGCGCGCGAUCGUCUGCACGACGCGGCUGCACCGCCUCCUCCGCCGGGCACCAUUCGAACCAGAUGGCGGCGAGCAUCGCGCGGCUGCAGCAGAUGGCGGCGUCCUGCUCGGCCCGCCGAGCAUCCGCGGCGCCGCGUGCGAGGAUGGCGACGACGGCGACCCUUACCGCAGCCCCGCCACGCCGCUGGGCUUCGUGUCGCCGCCGCUAACCACCCCUCCGUUCCGGAUGCCGGCGGCGCUGGCGGGGUUCCUGUCCGCGGCGCGCGCGGCGGCGCCCGAGAUCGUGGUGCUCGCGGAGCAGGAGGCCGGGCACAACGGCGCCUCCUUCCGGAAGCGGUUCGCCGAGGCGCUGCGCUACUACGCCGCGGCCUACGACAGCCUGGACGCGGAGCGGGCGGAGGUGGAGCGCGCGGUGCUGGGCGAGGAGGUCCGGGACGUGCUCCUGCGGGAGGGCGCCCGCCGGCGGGAGCGGCACGACCGGCUGCAGCAGUGGGCGCGGCGCAUGGAGGCCGCCGGGUUCCGCGGCGUGGCGCUGAGCUACGCCGCGCUGAGGCAGGGGUGGACGCGCUGGGGAGGUGCGGCGUGGGGGAUGUGCGAGCAGAGAGCACGGGGGUGGCUGCUCCUGUGCUGGAGGUCGUGGCCUCUCUACUCGGUCUCGGCAUGGCGGCCGGACACAGGCUCGGCUUAUGGAGUCGGUAGCGGUUAUCAUCUGUCACCGUCCGCUCCUCCUGAUCAUUGCUUUGAGGAGUUGAUGUGCUGA